UACACCAUCUCCUACUACAACACUAACAACACUGGCUGUUUCAAUCACUCCAGAAGUGAUAUAACUACUAGUAGGGCAUCAUAUCAGCUAACUGGUCUGGAGGAGGGAACUCAGUAUUCUAUCACUGUCACUGCCACUCUGACUGGAGGAAGGACUGAACAAGAUAUCAUCACAGCCACAACAAGAACUGCUGCUCCAUCUGCCCCUCCCUCUUCUGUGAGGUUGUCAGUGGUCAGUUCCACUAGUAUCAAUGUCAGGUGGGGGCCAUGGACUGCAGGCAUCGGAAUGGAGAGAUAACAGGCUACAGAGUGAGGUAUGGGGAGGAGGGAGGUGGUCAGAGCAUCAGGUUUCCUCUGGAGACUCCAGUGGAGGAAUGACCACACUCAGUGGACUGACUAAACAGACAGUCUACACAGUUGAAGUGGC